GAGGAGGACGAGUUGGUCAAGUCGAAGAAGGGGUUCCACAGCCAGACAGUAGCCAAUCAGAGCCCAGAGACGGACCUGAUGUUGGAUGGAGACGAUGACACUGCCAGUCUGCUGCAGGAGAAGGAGAUGGACAACCUGGCUGGCCCAGUGGUCCUCAGCACCCCGGCCCAGCUCGUGGCCCCGGUAAUAGUGGCACGAGGGACUCUCUCCAUCACGACGACCGAGAUAUAUUUCGAAGUGGACGAGGAUGACCCCUCCUUCAAACGGCUUGACUCCACGGUCCUGGCGUACUCAGAGGGUCUGCAUGGUAAAUGGAUGUUCAGUGAGAUCAGAGCGGUCUUCUCCAGGCGAUACCUGCUCCAGAACACUGGCCUGGAGGUCUUCAUGGCCAACAGGACGUCAGUGAUGUUUAACUUCCCAGACCAAGCCACAGUGAAGAAGGUGAUCUACAGUCUACCCAGGGUUGGAGUAGGAACCAGCUAUGGCCUACCACAAGCCAGGCGUAUCUCCAUGGCGACGCCCCGGCAGCUCUUCAAGUCGUCCAACAUGACCCAGCGCUGGCAGAGGAGAGAGAUCUCCAACUUCGAGUACCUCAUGUUCCUCAACACCGUCGCAGGGAGGACCUACAACGAUCUGAACCAGUACGCCGUGUUUCCCUGGGUUCUCACCAACUAUGAGUCCGAGGAGCUGGACCUCACCCUGCCGGGCAACUUCAGAGAUCUCUCCAAGCCAAUUGGAGCAUUGAACCCGAAGCGUGCAGUGUUCUAUGCAGAGCGCUACGAGACGUGGGAAGAGGACCAGACCCCUCCAUAUCACUACAACACCCACUACUCCACCGCUAACUCCACCCUGCUCUGGCUGCUCAGGAUAGAGCCUUUCACCACGUUCUUCCUGAAAGCUAACAACAACAAGUUUGACCAUCCAGACCGGACCUUCUCAGCCAUCACCCGCUCCUGGAGGCACUGCCAGAGAGACACCUCAGACGUCAGGGAGUUGAUUCCAGAGUUCUACUACCUGCCGGAGAUGUUUGGUAACAGUAAUGGUUACACCUGGGCCAGAGGGAGGACGGCAAGGAUGUGGUGUGAUGUAGAGCUGCCUCCCUGGGCCAACAAGCCUGAAGACUUUGCAGGAUCAACCGGAUGGGCCCUGGAAAGUGAGUUUGUGUCAUGCAGCUGAUCAGUGGUUGACCUUAUUUUCGGCUACAAGCAGCGCGGGCCCGAGGCGGUGCGCGCCCUCAAUGUCUUUCACCACCUGACCUACCAGGGGUCCGUCAGCUGGACAGCAUCACUGACCCCGCCCUCAGAGAGGUACGCCAUGACACGACAUGCUACGAUACGCACGUCACUGGUCACUAUGGACACCAACACCCCCUCACCCCAACCAUCCCAUCUACCCCAGCUCCAGCAUAGACAGAUACUGCAGCUUCUGUCUAUCCAGUGUUUCCUUCCCCAGAGCCCUCUGAUGUUCAAGGACCAGAUGCAGCAGGAUGUGAUCAUGGUACUGAAGUUUCCCUCCAACUCCCCGGUGACACACGUAGCAGCCAACACCCUGCCACACCUCUCUGUCCCUGCCGCUGUCACCGUCACCUGCAGCAGACUGUUCGCUGUCAACCGCUGGCACAACACUGUCGGUUUGAGAGGAGCGCCAGGUUACUCCUGGAACAGGCCCACCACCUGCCCCAUAGAGAUGGACCCUCUGAUUGCCAACAACUCUGGGAAUAACAAGCGUCAGAUUACAGACCUGGUGGAUCAGAGCAUCCAGAUCAACACACACUGCUUCGUGGUUACCGCCGACAACCGCUACAUCCUGGUCUGUGGCUUCUGGGACAAGAGUUUCAGAGUCUACUCCACCGAGACAGGUAAGCUGACCCAGAUAGUGUUUGGCCACUGGGACGUGGUGACGUGUCUGGCCCGGUCAGAGAGCUACAUCGGGGGAGACUGCUACAUCGUGUCAGGGUCCAGAGACGCUACUCUGCUACUGUGGUACUGGAGUGGACGACACCACAUCAUAGGAGACAACCCCAACAACAGUGACUACCCGGCACCGCGAGCUGUGCUGACCGGCCAUGACCAUGAGGUGGUGUGUGUCUCUGUGUGUGCCGAGCUGGGACUGGUCAUCAGUGGAGCCAAAGAGGGUCCGUGUCUGGUCCACACUAUAACAGGGGACCUGCUGCGGGCCCUGGAGGGCCCAGAUAACUGCCUGUGUCCCCGCCUCAUAUCGGUGUCCAGCGAGGGCCACUGUAUCAUCUGCUACGAGAGAGGACGCUUCUGUAACUUCAGCAUCAACGGAAAACUACUGGCUCAGAUGGAGGUCAACGACUCAACACGGGCCAUUAUGCUGAGUAGUGAUGGUCAGAACCUGGUGACGGGUGGAGACAACGGGGUAGUGGAGGUGUGGCAGGCCUGUGACUUCAAACAACUCUACAUCUACCCAGGCUGUGAUGCUGGUGUCCGCGCCAUGGACCUCUCUCACGACCAGAGGACUCUCAUCACUGGCAUGGCAUCCGGUAGCAUUGUGGCGUUCAACAUCGACUUCAACCGGUGGCACUACGAGCACCAGAACAGAUACUGAGGGUUACAGAGACAGAGAGGCAGUACAACAUGGCCAUGUUUGGAGGACACCUGGACACUACUGUUAACCAACUAUACAGGUUAGCUGCUGUUAACUACAUAUACAAGUUAGCUAACUACGGUAUAAGAGUUAACUAAUGCUAACUAACCUCACAGGUCAACUACAAGUUAACGACAGGUUAACUAACUAACCAUAAACUGUAGAAAUACAGUGGGGUCCACAGUUAUUGACACCCUUGAUGAAGAUGAACAAUAAUGACUGUAUAAAAUAAAUAAUUCAGAAACUGAGCUAUAUUAUAUGCUCCCAAAAAUGUGAGAAUUAUUUUAUGUUAUUAGAAUUGCUUAGAGAAAGAGAUUUUGUUUAACAAGUWWAAAAAAACUAUUCUCAAAAGGUAGGAGUGAAAAUUAAAGCUCCCUAAAGAUUCUUAUAAAUAAAGUUGUCAAAAGUGUAGUAUUUGGUACCAUAUUCCUAUCAUGCAAUGACUACAUCAAGCUUUGGAUUCUACAAACUUGUUGUUUGCAUUUGCAGUUUUUUUAGGUUGUGUUUCUGAUUAUAGAAUGGUAGAAAUGAAUGGUAAAUAAUGUAUUCUGUCAUUUUGGAGUCACUUUUAUUGUAAAUAUGAAUAUG